UCCUCGGCGGAACCCGCUUCCCAGUCUUGCGCCCUCUCUACCCUGUUUUUGUCGCUGGCUUCUUCCCCACAUGGAUCUAGUAGAAGUGGCAUCUCCUGAACCCCGGCCGGCAGCGGCCUGGGAACCCAGCAAGUGUCCAUGGGCUACCCUUCAAAAUACAAUAUCUUCUUGUUCCUUGGCUGAUGUAAUGAGUGAACAAUUGGCUAAAGAAUUACAAUUAGAAGAAGAAGCUGCUGUUUUUCCUGAUGUUGUGUUGCUGAAGGACCAUUCAUUACUGGAGAAAACAUUGACACCUCCAGUGACCUCAUGCUGGCUCAGAUGCUACAAAUGGAAUUUGACAGAGAAUAUGAUGCACAGCUUAGGCGUGAAGAAAAAAAAUUCAAUGGAGAUAGCAAAGUUUCCAUUUCCUUUGAAAAUUAUCGAAAAGUGCAUCCUUACGAAGACAGUGAUAGCUCUGAAGAUGAGGUUGACUGGCAAGAUACCCGAGAUGAUCCCUACAUGCCAGCAAAACCAGUUCCUACUCCCAAAAAGGGUUUUAUUGGAAAAGGAAAAGACAUCACCACCAAACAUGAUGAAGUAGUAUGUGGGAGAAAGAAUACAGCAAGAAUGGAAAAUUUUGCACCUGGGUUUCAGGUAGGCGAUGGAAUUGGAAUGGAUUUAAAACUAUCAAAUCAUGUUUUCAAUGCUUUAAAACAACAUGCCUACUCAGAAGAACGUCGAAGUGCCCGCCUCCAUGAGAAAAAGGAACAUUCUACUGCAGAAAAAGCAGUUGAUCCUAAGACACGUUUACUUAUGUAUAAAAUGGUCAACUCUGGAAUGUUGGAGACAAUCACUGGCUGUGUUAGUACAGGAAAGGAGUCUGUUGUCUUUCAUGCAUAUGGAGGGAGCAUGGAGGAUGAAAAGGAAGAUAGUAAAGUUGUACCUACAGAAUGUGCCAUCAAGGUAUUUAAAACAACCCUUAAUGAGUUUAAGAAUCGUGACAAAUACAUUAAAGAUGAUUUCAGGUUUAAAGAUCGCUUCAGUAAACUAAAUCCACGUAAGAUCAUCCGCAUGUGGGCAGAAAAAGAAAUGCACAAUCUCACCAGAAUGCAGAGAGCUGGAAUUCCUUGUCCAACAGUUGUAAUGCUCAAAAAACACAUUUUAGUUAUGUCUUUUAUUGGCCAUGAUCAAGUUCCUGCUCCUAAAUUAAAAGAAGUAAAGCUCAGUAGUGAAGAAAUGAAAGAAGCCUACUAUCAAACUCUUCAUAUGAUGCAGCAGUUAUAUAACGAAUGUACGCUUGUCCAUGCUGACCUCAGUGAGUAUAACAUGCUGUGGCAUGCUGGAAAGGUCUGGUUGAUUGAUGUCAGUCAGUCUGUGGAACCAACCCAUCCUCAUGGCCUGGAGUUCUUGUUCCGUGACUGUAGGAAUGUCUCACAGUUUUUCCAGAAAGGAGGAGUAAAGGAAGCCCUUAAUGAACGAGAACUCUUCAAUGCUGUUUCAGGCUUGGAUAUCUCGGCAGAUAAUGAAGCUGAUUUCUUAGCUGAGAUUGAAGCUUUGGAGAAAAUGAACGAAGAUCAUGUUCAGAAGAAUGGAAGGAAGGCUGCUUCAUUUUUGAAAGAUGAUGGAGGUCCACCUGUACUGCAUGAUGAAUAACACCAAUACCCGCUGCCUUUAAAUGUUAAUGCAAUGGUGAUUGUCAGCUAUCAAUGGCAAUGAAGUUAUGGAUGACUUGAAAUACCAAAAAAGGAAACAUGAGGGGUGUACAAUGGUGCUUCUGUGGUUUUUUUUUUUCCUUGUAACUUACGUGCCAAGUGUGUGGGAUUUUUAGCUCAGCACUGAGAGACUAGAAUGUCACUACCUCUCUUAUGAAUAGGCUAAUAUAAUUCUUAAGCAAUUAAAGGUCAUUAUCUACCUGAAAUACACCUGAUUUCACAUGAUUCAUGGUAUAGAAUGUUAUCAUGAGAAUUUUUAAAACUUAGGUAAUAUUUCUCAGUAUGGGAAGAAAGGACAGAUGUGUUUAUAGGGGAGGGUUUUGUUACAACAUACUUGCUUUUUCACCUCCCUGUUUUGUUUUACAUCCUUCCUCAGUAUUUUAUUGACCUAAUUAGCCCUUCUCAAUUCCUUUUCCAGAGUGUAACCAUGAUUCUAAAGGAAAAUUUCUUGUCUUUAGUGGGUGUUAUAAACGGAAAUUUGGUUUCACAGUAGCUAAAGGAAAUAGGCAUAAGCAAUAUACUUUUUAUUGGUACAUCAUGAAUAGGAACCAAAUGCUACUUUUUCCAUACUUACAUCAAGAAAAGGCAUCCUAAGUUUCUGAUAAUUAUCUAAGGACUUCUUAACUUUAAAAAAAAAGAUGUUUUUUAAUUUAACUUUCAGUUUUUCUACAUUUAAGUAAAAUGGUUAGAAUAUAACUCAUGGUGUAGCUGCUUUCCAUUUAUAAGGAAAAUACAACUUAUUUGGAAGGACAGAAUAUAAGAUUUAACCAUGUUUGACACAUUCUAAUGAAGUUAAUGAAACAAAGUUCAGUUUCUAUUUCACUCAAAUUAUAUUUGAGAGAAAUAAUGUAAGCAAAUUAGAAAUAUUAAAUAAUCAAAAGGGGGAAAAUAUAUUUAAAGCAACUUGG